AAGCUGACCAUACAACGUGUAGUAUCUUUCGGGCCUUAUUUGCAUUUUGGAAGUGAUGCUAUUGUGUUUGGAGGCCUGUGAUUGGCUUAUCGCUCAGCCCCCUGUGACCGAGAUGGAACGCCGCAAGACUGACAACACGCUCGCUCGCCAGCUCUUCCAAUAUGGCGCACCCGAGGAAAUUCGUGGAAAAAAUAGCCAUACAUACUCAAAGACAGCAAGAAGAGACCAGGGCUUUUGAAGAAAUAAUGAAGGAAGUCGCCACGAUUGGGAAUUCCAUGAAGGGGCCCCAGCAACAGUACAGAUCACUGCCGAAUGUGAAUCUAAACAUUGGACAGAAUCAUUUGGACCUUCAGAAGGCUCUCAACAGCUUGGGAGAGAUGCAGAGACACGAGAUGGGAGAUAGAUCGCCGAUGAGGGAACGUCGAUUCACUGGGAAUAGACCUAUGCCAUUUCCAAGGCGAAAUAUCGGUGGAGUCGAUACCUCUCCGUACCAUGUCGCACCCCCCUAUUUGUCUCCCCCACAGCUCGAGCCAGGACAAGGUUGGAGACGGGCAGUAUCCGACUCCUCAUUGCAUCAGACUGUGAUCGGUGGUCAUCACCAGCCCAAAGAAAUUGAUAUCAACAAAAUGACACAUGAGCCCAAAAGAUCCCACAGUCCCCAUGCCAGGCCAAAAUCUGUAGAGGUUCCAAGUAUAGGGAUGUACCAAGCAGACCCCGGAUCACCACUCGGCACGCUGCAGCAGACUGUGGGUAGCACUGGGUCUUUGCCAGAUCUGACAAACCUACACAUCCCUUCUCCACUACAAACACCUAUUGAUACAGAAGACAGUCACAUCCAGGCAUCGUCACCACCUCUUUAUCCAACUACCCAAAGACAGGGUAACAUGAGACGGCACUCCCCAACGAUGGACAAACACCCCUUCCCACCACAGAUGCAGCACCCAAAUCUAUCCCCACUAGAGAUGAGAUUACAGCAGGUACAACUUUACCAAAAUUCUCCUAAUAACGACUUUAAUAUGUAUGGUCAAGUUACAACAAGUUCGCCGCAAAACCAGUCUCCCACAGCCUCAACAUCGAUGUCUCCGCUCUUCAAGAACUUUCCUGCUGCCCCCAUGUCGCCGUUAGAAAUGAAUAUGAAACAAAUGUACAUUCCUAACAACUCUCCAGUCCAGCACCAACAUCACGACCAAUACGGCAUGCGACUUCCAGGCGCUAGCAUUGGUGCAUCGCCUCGAAUGCAGCAACAAGCAAUGUCCAGCAGCCAGUCACCGGGCCCGUACGGUUUCCCUGGGUUCCUACAAUAUUAUAUGCAAUCUAAUCGUGUUCCUGAUCUGAUUGUCACUGAUGCGAACGAUGAAUCUCAGAAACUUGAUUUCGCCAGGGAUCUAAGCUCUGCCAUGCAGGGUAUGGGGGGUGACAUGUAUAACAACGACGACCUGAGAGUAGAGCUUGACCCUCUGGAUAUGGAAAGCUUACAAAUGUUGUCAGGGCACGGCGAUGCAGAAGUUGCAGAUCAAGCAACUGAGGACCAGUUCAGGAUGGAUCGCUUAGCAGGGUCCUAUGGUUUUCCAUAAUACGAAUUUGUAAUAUGCUUGAAUUCUUCACGAGGAAGUACUCCAAGAGUAUGAGAACGGCUAAAAGGCGUGCUGACGCCUUAAGAGACACUGUCAUGGCAACGUGGUAACCAUGGUAACUUAUUUUUUUAAACUUCAUGUGGUAGGUAAACAGGUGUAUUUUACAGGUAAACUCCAUGGAAAAGUUCACUGGCUCAGCGUGGUGAUGAUGUAGUUUGGUAGAGAUCUCCAGCAUCUGCCUUAACAUAGUCAUUCGUUUGAUAUGUACCUAACCAUGAGGGCAAGGGGUCACACUUCCACUUGACCAACAAAAAGUGAGAAAUUUGUUAUUAAAGGAUCUCGAAAUAUUGUCCAUAUGAUACAUAACCCCAGGAAAUCCGGGAUACGCGCCUGAUGGCAAGGGAUAGACAUCUUUAUGUAGAGAUCCCUGAGACUGGUAUUUUUCCCAUAUAUUUGACCAGUGUGAGGUGCAGAGAUGUGUGUUGUGAUUAUCGAUAUUCAGAGAUUAUAGUUUAAAUCUUGGUCCCACUGUUUAAUGAUUUUAUGCAAAGCUCUCAAAAUAUAAUUUUUGAAUUCUAUCAA